AUGGCCGACCCUAUAUCUACCACAGACCUGGUGUCAACGGUUGCUCAGAUCAUAUCCACUCUACACGCAUACGCAACAGCGAUUAGUCAGGCCCGAGAAGAUAUCACAGCAUUAUCAACAGAGUUGUUAGUACUUCAGGGAGUCCUGAAGCAAGCUGAGAAGCGUGUGCCGGGUAACAACUCAGGCUCGUCCACUUAUGCCGAUCAUGAUCCUCGUCGUGUAGUGGAAUUUACUGCACGUUCUCUGGAAAUUCUCCGCUGUAAGCUUGACGAAACGGGCCUGACUCCCUUCACGCUGCUAUCGUCAGAUCGAGUAUCUGGCGGUGAAGCUCAAAGAGUAAUCAAGGACAUGAAACUACCUGCAAAGAUCAUUGGCGGCGAAAAAUGGGGUGGCACACGAGAAGACAAAGACCCUCCCCAAUGUAGCGGUGUCGAGAACACUGAGAGCCAUGACACUCAAGUAGUGUCCGGUUGA